AUGAUCGAAAUUGUGGGACACAGGGCAUUCAAGGGCCAGUACGUCGAAAAUAGCUGGACGGCGUUUGAACGGGCGUACGAGGGCAAGGCAGAUGUGAUCGAGACGGAUCUGCAGAUGACCAGCGACGGUGUUGUUGUGAUCAACCAUGACGCUGACACUGGAAGGAUCUGGGAUCGGGAACUGGUGAUCGCUGAGAAUAGCUACGACGAGAUAAGCAAGUUGAGAUGUAAGGAGGACCGAAGCUCGCAGAUGCCGACUCUAGAACAGCUGCUGAGAUGGGCCGUGGAGCAUCCGAGGGUGCAGCUGAUGCUAGACAUCAAGUUCACCAACAACAAGCUGAUUCUGCUGAAAACUUUUGCGACGAUGCUGAGGGUGAGGAACGACGUCGCGUACUGGCAGUCGAGGAUAAUCUGGGGGUUGUGGCUGCUCGAUUGGUUCGAGUACGGCAUCGAGACGGGCGUGCUGAAGGACUUCAAGGUCGUGGUGAUCACGCUGUCGCUCGACGUGGCAUGCCAGUUUAUCGACUACUCGCUGCAGUUGAACAAUCCGCACUACAGGCUCUACGGGAUAAGCGUCCACUACGUUGCCUCGUGGACCGACACCUUCAGACUGAAGAUGGCGCCCGUGCUGAGGAAGUACGACGUCAAGGUGUUCCUGUGGACCGUGAACAAAGUUACCGAUUUCAAGUGCAUGGCUGGCCUGCCGAUCCACGGCGUAGUGACAGACGACCCUGUCGUCGCCCGCAGACUGUGCCUCGAGCUCUCACCAAUGAAGGAGUUCCGGCUGCCGGACCUGGCCACUGUCAACGGCUUCAGGUUCCAUCUCUACCUGCUGGUUUACCAGAUCGUCUGCUCGCUGUUGUUCGCCAAAUGGGCCCAUUACUCGGUCGGAGGCUGGUCUUUUGCCUAUCUGGUGUUCCUGCUGCUGAAGAAGAUACACUUCCUGUAA